CAAUGCCUUAGUCUUAAAGGUGCCACAAAACUCCUUUGUUGUUUUUGUUGUAACAGAUUAACAUGGCUUUGCCUCUGGAAAUUGUUACCAUGCAACGUUUUUGUGUACCAGCCAGGCCUCUGCCCUGCUGCACCUGAGAAACAUUUCCAUUUCAGUGCUGGUUAUGGCAGCUUUAUAUAAAAUGCUUUCCUCUUGAUAUGCUCCUUCACUGCCAGAUGAGAGACCUGGCCCAUGAGAGAGUCAACUGGACAGGAUAACCAUGCAAGAGAUCCUUAUUGCCAAAGCUAAGAAGUGGCUGCAUCGGAUGGCCUAGCUAUGUCUAGUGCAGCUUUGCUUUUAUGCCAGGUGUCAACACUGGAUCUGAAAUGUAUUUAGGGCAGGUGCUGAUGUCACGGCUACCUCCCUCUUUGUGUGUGCCUAUUCUAGUAGCCUUGAUUUCCCAGAGCGACCUUCUUCGAAGGGAUGGAGCAGUGGGAACAGGAGAGAAGCACAUACACUGGUCACCUAGGAUGCACAAGAAUGAGGAGAGAUAAGCCACGAGCUAUUAUCAGCUUAAAACUGGUGUGCUUUACAGUGCAAGACCACCUAGACAAAAGACAGUAUGAUCCCAGUAGCCGAAUUCAAGCACUUCACAGACCAGCAGCCUGCUUUCAAGGUUCUCAAGCCAUGGUGGGAUGUCUUGGCUGAGUACAUCACCAUAGCCAUGCUGAUGAUAGGCGUUUUUGGCUGCACUCUGCAAGUGCUACAAGAUAAGAUUAUUUGCCUUCCCAGUCAUGUUCCCAAUGGUACAGCCUUCACUGAUGUAAGUUGUGAAGAUUUCACAAAGAAGAGGAUCAGUGCUUCUGAGCCCAUCACACCCUCUGCCUACCGGGAGAUGCAUGGAUUAAAGAACAACUUAGACCUCCAACAGUACAGCUACAUCAAUCAAAUGUGCUAUGAGACAGCCCUCCACUGGUAUGCCAAGUACUUCCCCUACCUGGUUAUCAUCCACACCCUCAUUUUCAUGGUGUGCGCCUCUUUCUGGUUCAAAUAUCCAGGGACCAGCUCCAAGAUCGAACAUUUUAUUGCCAUCUUGAGCAAGUGCUUUGACUCACCCUGGACUACUCGAGCUAUCUCAGAAGUCUCUGUGGAGGAGAAUGGAAGCUCAGAGAAGGCAGAUCGGAGAAGGAAAAGCAGUGCUGCCACUGAGUUGAUGCAGCUUUCCUCCUCGGGGGGAUCAGUGACGGAGAAGAAGGUGGCAGAGUCUUCCUCCAUUAGCCUGCUGGACAAAAAGGAAGGUGAACAGGCCAAGGCUCUCUUUGAAAAGGUGAAGAAGUUCCGGCUCCAUGUAGAAAAAGGAGACAUCCUUUACACCAUGUACAUCCGUCAAACUGUUCUUAAAGUCUGCAAGUUUCUAAUAAUUACUGUUUACAAUGCAGUCCUGGUGCCUAAUAUCAGCUUCAUAGUGCCAUGCAGCAUCAAGAUGGAGGACAUGACCGGGUAUGACCAUUUCUGUUGCAAUCACACCAAAGCCCAUCUCUUUUCUAAGCUGGCCAUCUGCUACAUCUGCUUUCUUGGCAUAUAUGGCAUGACCUGUCUCUACACUCUUUACUGGCUUUUCCACAGGCCACUCAAAGAGUACUCCUUUAACUUUGCACGCAAGGAGACAGGCAUCAGCGACAUCCCAGAUGUCAAGAAUGACUUUGCUUUCAUGCUGCACCUCAUUGACCAGUAUGAUUCCCUCUACUCCAAGCGCUUUGCUGUAUUCCUCUCCGAGGUCAGUGAGUUCAAGCUCAAGCAGCUGAACCUCAGUCAUGAAUGGACAGUGGAUAAACUGCGGCAGAAGCUGCAGAAGAACUCUCAUGGCCGGCUGGAACUCCAUCUGUUCAUGCUACCUGGAUUGCCUGAUACCAUCUUUGAGCUGACUGAGGUAGAGGCCUUGAAGCUGGAGCUUCUGAAAGAUGUUACUUUUCCAGCCUCUGUCACUCAGUUGGUCAAUCUCCAAGAGCUAGCACUGAUCAACUGCCCUGCUAAGUUGUCCUUUACUUCUCUUAUGUUCUUCCGUGAACACCUCAAGGUGGUGUUUGUGAAGUUUGAUGAUAUAAAAGAUAUACCUGUAUGGACCUACAACUUGAGAGGCUUAGAAGAGCUUCACAUCUUGGGACAUUUCAACCCAGAGAUGGGCCGGGCAGGAACUCUGGAAUGCCUGCGUGAGCUCAAGAACCUGAAGGUCCUGUCUCUUCAUAGCAAUAUCUCCAAGUUGCCACCCAGUGUGGCUGACCUUGCUGCUCAUCUGCAAAAGCUUAGGAUUCACAAUGAUGGGACUAAGCUGAUGACCCUCAACAACCUCAAGAAGCUCUUCUCAGUGCAAGAAGUGAAGCUGAUCAACUGUAACCUAGAGCGUAUCCCGCACGCUGUCUUCAGCCUGGUGAACCUCCAGGAGCUGGACCUGCGGGAUAACCAGCUGAAUACCAUUGAGGAGGUCAUCAGCUUCCAACACUGCCGCAAGUUAGUAUGCCUCAAACUUUGGUAUAACCAUAUUGCCAGCAUUCCUGAACACAUCCGCAAGCUCAAGUCCUUGGAGCAACUUGACCUCAGCCAUAACCGCAUUGAGGCCCUCCCUUCCCAACUGUUCUUGUGCACUAAGCUGACCUAUUUGGACCUUUCUCACAAUAACAUCCAGGUUGUACCUCCUGGGAUGGGAGUCCUACAAAACCUGCAGUAUUUUGCCAUUUCUCACAAUUCCAUUGAGGCACUGCCAAAUGAAAUCUUCUUCUGUAAGAAACUCAGGAUCCUCAAAGCAGGAAACAACAAAUUGCGCCGCCUCUCUGAUCGUGUGUCCUGGCUGCCUUUGCUCUCCAGGCUAGAAUUGAAAGGGAACCAGCUUGAGGCCUUGCCCCUGGAGAUAGGCCAAUGCAAACUCCUCAAGCACAGUGGCCUGGUGGUAGAAAGCAACCUUUAUGAAGCAUUGCCUUCAGAGGUGAGGGAGAAAAUGGAGGAGGAAUAAUGAGAAGAAUGACAGUGGAGAUAGGGGGCCCUACAAGUGUUGGCUGCACAGACGUGGCACCUGUAGCAAGCUAGCUGAAACGGGAUAUAUCUUGGAAACUUUCCUGCUAUUUUUCUCCAUGCCAUUAUGGGGUAGAGCUCCUAAGGCAAGCAAAUGUCCAACUCCAGUUGGAACCAGGGAGGAAAUGGAAGACUUUCACCCUAUAAGGGGUACAGAGUAGGAACUGAAAGCUUCGGCAUACAAGUGGAACAAGGACACAAAAAACAAUGCUUUAAAAAACAAACCAACCAAACAUACUUUUCAAAAUGGAUAAGUAGUAAUUAUUUGUAUGAAAGAAACAGCUGCACCAAAUUGUCAUUACAGUUAUUUUUAUACA